CCGCUAAGUUCUGUACAGCAAAUUAGUUCAACCGAACGAAAAUGAGGGACGGCUGUGCGUGGAUUGGACGUGGAGAAGUUUGGUUACAUAAUAACUACGGCAGAGCCAGGGGGUCCUUCAGCAGCUCUCUGCCUCUGCGGCAGAAUAUGGAUCUACACAGCAAAAGCGCCCCCCGGUACAGUCCCCACCAUCCGACCCCAGCCCGGCCAGCUUCAAUCUAUCGAAACGGUGAAAGUAAAUACGAAAGUGGGAAGUGUUUUAUGGCAUUCCCAGGGGCAAGUUUGGAGUUGAGAGGGAAGGCCGCUCAAGGCCCAUUGAGAGGACGCGACAGCUGUCGCGUUUUCAGCUUCAGCUAGUCUGGCUGUUCCCAUAGCUCACUUUGUGU